UUUGCAACAUUAAUUUAUUAUUUUAUUUUAAAACUAGCAACAUUAAAAUUGCGGUGCGUCAUAGAAAACUGAAGAAAUAAUAUUUCAGUAAAGACAACAAAAAUCGCUACGUUGACAAUUUUACGUUAUAAUGGCAGACAAGAGGAAAAUUAAAAAACGGAAAGAGGAGUUCGGUGAACCUCUCGUAUCAGAGAAGCCGACGAGUGAAGAGUACGCUGUUGCGAAAUGGCUGAAGGCUAACGUCCCUACAAAGAAGACGAAAUUCCUCAACCACCACGUUGAAUACUUCACAGGCACAAAGGCAGUAGAUGCACUUCUUACCUCGAAAUGGGCAACUGGAAACAAUCCGAUCUUCAUAACGCGACACGAUGUCACCGAUUAUUUGCAUCAAAUGCUUGUGCACAAACUAUUCCAUAGAGCUAAGAAGGUACCAGUUAGUGAGCAAGAGUUAAAAGGAAAAAAGAAGAAGGACAGAGAUAAUGCAAAGAGUGGUGAUGAGAAGGAUGGAGACAAAAGUCAAGCGAGUGCCUGUGAAUCUAAGGACAAAGAUGGCAAGGAUAAGGAAAAGGAAAAGAAGAAGCGCAAGAUUCGUCUGGAAAUGCACAUGGAACAAAUGUUCUUAGACAGUUUGGACGCAUAUGUGUGGAUAUAUGAUCCUAUGCCGUGGUACUACUGGCUUUGUGGCGCGCUAGUGGUGUUUGGAACUAUAGGUGUCUGCAUGUUCCCACUCUGGCCGGCUACUGUUAGGAAAGGUGUUUAUUACCUCAGUGUCGCUGCAGCGGCAUUCCUAGUAAUGAUAAUAGCAUUGGCAGUUCUAAGAGUGGUAGUGUUCUGUCUUGUUUGGAUACUAACUCUGUCCAGGCAUCAUUUGUGGCUUCUACCCAAUUUAACUGAGGAUGUUGGAUUCUUUGCCUCGUUCUGGCCACUUUAUAAGUACGAAUAUCGUGGACCUGGCUACCAAAGCGAUAAAUCAUCGAAAAGCAAGAAAAAACGUAAGAAAGAUAAAAACUCAGAUGAAGAAGAUGAGAAAACUCCUCUAGUGCAAGCCGAGAAACAAGCAGAGACCGUCUCUCCACCUCAAACGAAGACUGUAGAGACUAAGAAAGAGCCAUCUGUAGAAUCAAACGUACAAGAGGAUGCAACGGUCACGCAAGAUAAACUCUCAGAAUCAGAAUCAGAAAAUAGUCAACGAUCGUCAACAGACAGGGACUUUGAAAUGAUCGAACCAGCGGACGUUGAACCGGACCCCAAAGACAACGCAACUUAAAAAAUGGCUAUUUUUAUUAACCUAUCUAUACAAAUACUAGAGAUAUUUGACGUAAACGAAAUUAAAAUUUUGAUCUCUAGUAAGUAAAAAGUUAGGGUUAGAAAUAGGUCAUGAAUAAAUGUUAGAUAAUACAGACUUGUUGGGACAGAUUAAAAAUAAAUAUUUUUGCCCUUUCUUUA